AUGGCGGUUGCAGGGUUCCUGCUGUGGGAGCUACGCCGCCUGUGUCGAGUGCUGCUGUUCCUCUCGCAGUUCUACAUCCUCUCGGGCGGCGAGCCUUCGCAGCCGCUGGCUCAGUCCGACAAGGAUCCGGGCCCCACACGUACGUUCACAGUAGUGCCCAGGGCAGCAGAAAGCACCGAUAUCCCACCUUAUAUGAUGAAGUGUCCGAGCAAUGGUUUGUGUAGCAGGCUUCCUGCAGACUGUAUAGAGUGCAAGACCAAUUUCUCCUGUGUCUAUGGGAAGCCUGUCACUUUUGACUGCACAGUCAAACCUUCUGUUACCUGUGUUGAUCAAGACUUCACAUCCCGAAAGAGCUUUGUCCUCAACAUGACUUGCAGGUUCUGCUGGCAGCUUCCAGAAACCGACUACGAGUGCUCCAGCUCCACCAGCUGCAUGGCGGUGUCCUGCCCGCGGCAGCGCUACACGGCCAACUGCACCGUGCGGGACCACGUCCACUGCCUGGGUAACCGUACUUUUCCGAAAAUGCUGUACUGCAACUGGACUGGCGGUUAUAAGUGGUCUACUGCUCUGGCUCUGAGCAUCACCCUUGGUGGGUUUGGAGCAGACCGCUUCUACCUGGGCCAGUGGCGAGAAGGCCUCGGCAAGCUCUUCAGCUUCGGGGGCCUGGGAAUAUGGACGCUGCUCGACGUCCUGCUCAUUGGAGUUGGCUACGUAGGACCAGCGGAUGGCUCUUUGUACAUUUAG